CGUAAACAAUUUCAUCACCAAUCGACGAGAGGACGCUUUCUUUUAAUUUCACUAUUUUUUCGUCUUUUUCCUGUGGAAAAUAUAGCAUAAUGUCGUCCACAAAACGCAUUACUAUGCCACGGCGCACGCAGGAGUUUGAAAUAUCGGCUCCACAAUCAUCGGUCAAAAAGUCCCAAGCUCGCGUCAGCCGAAUCGCACAACCAGUCCGCAAAUCGAGCAAACAGUCCGGGGUUGGCCAGUUUGGAGAAAAUGGGCGAUCGCGUUCGGUUGAGCGCGGACUAAACGCACCGGCCGGGCUGCCCUCCACGGCCGUGAAAAAAUCUCUAAACCCACCGAGAAGCAGCAGCGCGACGCCGCAGCUACGCACACCGCUCCGAAGCGUGUUCCACCACGGCGGACUAAAUGCCGAAAACAUUCCCUCCUUCUCCAUCCCCUCGACCGUCGAGCGGGAACGGUGCACCGUGGAAGCGCGCCCCAUAUUCGACUACCUCGCACAAGCGAACGUGCCGGACCUGCCGAAGGAAUUUAUCGAGCGAGGCAACAUCAAGUCGAUGUCGAUGAAGCAGUUUCUCAUCAUAGUGGCGCACCUGCUGCGCCAGAUCGGUGGCCACCGGUACAAGAUUGGCACCAACUUCAUCGAGGACAUUAUCAAAGCCAUCACCGAGCUGCAGUGCCCGUUCACCGUGAGCAAAUCGAUGCUGAAAACGCCGAGCGCACCGCACUCGAUACAGCAGGUCGUGACGAUGCUGACGUGGCUGGUACAGCUGGCGCCCGUGCCCGUCACCGACUGGGCGCCCAACUAUCAGCACGUGGCCGAAUUUCCCACCCCCGAGUACACGCAGUUUUUCUUCCAGUCGGCCACGGAAAGCUUCCAUCUGUGGAAUUUGAAGCGCGAGGAAGAGUUCGAGGCGCAGGUUGAGCGGAUGGUGGACCGGCUGGUGGCGGCCAAAACGGGCGGCCUGUCGCAGGAGCAGGUGCGCCAGCGGACUGAGCAGAUACGCCAGCAGCUGGAAGCGAUCAGCGUGGACCGGUCAAGCGGACAGAUGCGCGAACAAAGCUUUGACGAGGUGCAGCGCGAGGUGGUGGAAAAGCAGCGCAUUGUGAAGCAGCUGACGGAAGAGACGAAGCAGUUGGAUCGGCAGUUCGAGCGCCAGCAGCAGGAGUACUAUCUGCGGCAGGACCAGUACUACGAUUGCGAGAGCGCCAUCCAGCAGGUGAAGGAGCAGCUGGCCCGCCAGCAGAUGACGGCCAAGGAAAGGGACGAGCUCCAAGCGGAGAUUGCACACGACCGGAACGUUGUCGCGGCGAAGCGCAACGCCAUCGCCUGCCUCGACGGUGAGUCGUCCGACUAUCAGAUCACGCUAUCGCGCCUCAUCAAGCAAAAGAUUAACCUUAUCGCCGAGCUGAACACGAAGCUGUACAACUUCUCCAACGCCAUUAAGCCGGACAUUGAGUUUACCCCGAUCGAGCUAAGCCUAACGUGCAGCAACUAUCCCGAGCUGGAGCGGACGCUUCUCGCGCUCGAGCAGCAGCUGACGGCGGUGUUCGCGGAGUACCAAGCGUUGCAGCAGCGGCUUAGCCAGCAGAAAGUGCGCCUCGAGCAGCAGGUGUCCGAUGAGCAGCUGACAAUCGAACCACUUGAAACGAAAAUUGCCAAACAGACGGAACGGCUACAGCAGCUGCAGCAGCGGCGAGAAACGGUCGUCCGUGAGCUGGUCGCACUGGCGGAACGUGCCAACGAGCGCGGAACGUUGGAGCAGCGCACGAAAGAGCUCGACCAGCGCAUCGAGCAGGCCAUGGAGCAGAUGGAAAGCAAUCGAAAAGCGAUCGUUAAGCUAACGUACGACAAGCAGCAGCUAAUGGAGGACGGGCUGGAACAAUGCCGACAGGCACUGGAGGAACGGCACCAAAAGUUGGCCGAUUUGCGCGAGACAGUUGAUGGCUGCGAAGCGAUCAUGAAGCAGAUUGUGGACGUCUGUGCGAAGAGCAACGAGGAGGAACCGCCUUGCUAGAUGGAGUUUGAUCGAUUGUUGCACAAUUUAUUUUAUUUAUCUUGAUUUUGUUCUCUCUCUCUCACAGUCUCCAAAAAGUAUAGCCUAUCAGAAAUAAUAAAAAAAUAUAUCUUUA